AUGUCAGCUACUAAUAGCACAACUACUUUAGCACUAAGUACUAGCAUUGCUUUAGCAUUUUUAAUGGGCUUACUAGCUUUUGCUAUAAUGCUAGGAAAUGCCAUUGUCAUUUUGGCUUUUGUGGUGGACAAAAACCUUAAACAUCGAAGUAAUUAUUUUUUCCUUAACUUGGCCAUUUCUGACUUCUUUGUUGGUGUGAUCUCCAUUCCUUUGUACAUCCCACAACUGCUGUUCAACUGGAAUCCUGAAAAUAAAAUCUGUGCAUUUUGGCUCAUUACUGACUACUUCCUGUGUACAGCAUCUGUAUAUAACAUUGUACUCAUCAGCUAUGAUCGAUACCAGUCAGUCUCGAAUGCUGUCUCUUAUAGAGCUCGACACACUGAGAUCUGGAAGAUCGUGUCUCUGAUGGUGGCUGUCUGGGUGCUGGCCUUCUUGGUGCAUGGGCCAGUAAUGAUAGUUGCAGAAGCCUGGAAGACAAAGGGGAGGCACUGUGAACCUGGAUUCAUUUCAAAAUGGUAUGUUCUUGCCAUCAUGUCAUUCUUGGAAUUCCUGGUCCCAGUCUUCUCAAUGGCUUAUUUCAACGUCUAUAUUUACUGGAGAGUAUGGAAGCGUGGUCACCUCAGCAGGUUGCAAAGCCAUCCUGGACUCACUGCCACCUCUUCCAGUACCUUUGGACACUUGUUCAAGUGUGGACUGUUUUCUAGGGCAGCUCUUGCUGAACAGAAGGAAGCAGCAGCAUCCCCUCAUGUCGAGAGACAGGGAAGAAAAAGCAGCCUCUUGUUUUCUGCAAGAACCCAGAAGAAUAGAGAUAUAAUUGCUUCCAAAACGCGUUCCUUGUCCCAACGAGGAAACCUAUCCCUUUGCCAAAGAGAACAUCUUGAACUGCUCAGAGCCAGGAAAUUAGCCAAGUCACUGGCCAUUCUCAUAGGUGUUUUCACCUUUUGCUGGGCCCCUUACUCUCUUUUCACUAUUGUUCUUUCAAUUUACUCCCCAGAUGAGCGCCCCAAAACAGUCCUGUACCAUAUCACAUUUUGGCUUCAGUGGUUUAAUUCCUUUGUCAAUCCUUUUUUGUAUCCACUGUGUCACAAGCGUUUUCAGAAGGCUUUCUCAAACCUAUUUUGUGUGAAAAAGCGACUCAUACUAUCACGGAGUCUGUCAGUGUCCUCCCACGGGUAA